CUUGCUAUUCCACUAAACAUGGCAUCUGGCUAACAAAAACGUUUUUGAAGUCUGCAGUGUGUACUAUGUGGUCCCGUGAUGUCAUAGCAAGUAGAGGAUUUAAGCAGGUUUUAGUUUGUUGCUAAUCCCACUGUGGCAACUUCUCUGGAUCACUGCGUCUACCAAUGGGUGCUUUUGUCUUCAAAGUAAUGCAAGCACCGGCAUUAACCCUGCUGAAGUGGAGUUGUACCUUCCCCCAAAAUUGUAUGUUGUAUGACGUUCUAAUGUUUCUGGGGUUGAAUUAUUGAUUCAAGAGUCACAUGAUAGCAUAGACGUAAGAAUGAGGAUAAGGGGGGGACCUACAGCUGCAGAUCAGGUGAGGGUAGCGUUUCACCUCUUCGCUCCUCCCUUUUUGAUAGGCACAGGUGUAAUUGGAGAGUUGAAAUACAACACUUGUCUAUUUUUCCUCUCCUUUAGCGGUCCAUUUUAUCUUCCCUCAUGCCUAACCUAAGUGAGCGGUCGCCUUUCAGUGGUUCUGCGGCCCACGGGGGUACAUAUUGGUCUCAGGGCCAGAGAGACGGGGCCGUGAGUCGUUGUCUCUACUGUGGGACCAUUCCCGAUCUGAGGAAUUCAUUGGCGCUAAGCGGAGGUGAAACUGGAAGUUGCUUUCCGCAACACCUGGAUCUUAAGAGGCAGGUCCCGGUCGCUGGUUCUUCGCCGCGUGAUCAGGUCCACCAACCGGAGCAGGAGCAUCUCAUGAGGCAGACCUCUCAGCCGGAUCUCUGCGACAGCCUUUACCAAAAGCAAGCCAUGUCAGGCCGGGGUGCUGCCCCGCUUCAUGGUUAUUUUCAGGCCACCCCAACUGGUCAGCCACCCGAAGAGUCUGGGUUUUAUAGAGAUAACUAUCACCUGCUCACGAAAUCAGCCUCGCAUUACGGGCACGGAGCGAGGGCGUUGAGGCCUUCAUGGGAUCAAGCGCAAGCGAGAGCCACACCUUCUGUGCAGGCCUCUGAUUCUACACCUAUCCCCGUUCCCCCACUGCCUCCUCCCCCGCCACCUCCUCCCCUUCCUGUUCAUGAGCUGAGCCGUUUGUACAGGGAAACCUUGGGAUCUAAGAUUAUCUUGGACGCUCAGCGUAUUGCCGGCAGCUCUCCUUCACCUGCAGUCUACGGACCACAGCCCCAUCUUCCCAAUUACGCCGCCGAGCAGUUGUCUGUCUCUGCUCACCAACCGUUAAACGAUUUCAGCAGCUUGUCCCUGGAGCUCCACCAGUCGGCUUCCACCGGUUCCGCGGUGGAUCCGGCUUCUCGGGGAAUGGACGGCACUCUCCCUCGUGUUUACGGACCUGUAGCCUCCCAGGGACUUCCUUAUGACCCAAACUAUGAUCCCAGCACUGCCUCGAUGGCUGCCACAGCAGGAAUGUCCUCUGGUUUUUCUCCUCACCAUCCUAGCGCUACAGACCCCAGGAAGAUGGCAGAUUCUGCCUUUUUAGCAUUUUUACGAGGUGAAGGUUUGGCUGAGAGUACCAUCACACUCCUGCUGCAACAUGGCUUUGAUUCCUUCUCCAUGCUUUCGAUGAUGGAGGACCACGACGUCCGCUCAGUGGCCCCGAAUUUGGCCCAGGCCCGCGUUCUUUCCCGCAUUGUGCUCGGUUACAAGACUGGUGGGACUGCACCACGUACCCGAUCCAACAGCUUCAGCCACCGCAACGACUAUUACGUGCAGCCCCAAGGUUUGACUAUGGAUCCUGGACUGAUGCAGCAACCCCCCACCACUAUCCAGACGGUGUCCCCCAGAUUGGGAGAGUUUCUCGGGAGAAGACCCAACAGCGCACCGUCACAACACCUUUUAGAGACCACCACUUAUCCAGCACCGCGCCCCCUGGCAACUGGAGCUUUACCAAUCAGCCCCGGAGGAUAUAGCAAUGCUGUAAACCAGGGAAGACCCUUCUCCAUGUACAACGCCCACACUGGCCUCGCCAUGUCUGCUCUUGGCCAACAGCCCCUACCCGCCCCAGGAACCCCUGGAGCUGCACCCAAAACCUUCUCAGGCUCUUAUUCCCCCAUGGAGCUGAUGAAAAGAGCCCCCAACCUUCCCCCGGCGUCGCCGGUAGCGGCUCUGAGCCCUCUUCACAGUCCGCAACUCCUCCGGAAAGGGAUCAACGCCGCUCCAGAGAGUAACGUUGUUGCAGCCGCUUCCUCCACAGCUCUCCGAGCGCAAAACCUUAACAACACCAAGUUGGUGGGACGCCGCACCGGUCCACCUGUCAUUGUCUCAACCAUGACCACCACACCUGACACAAGUAUCCGGCCCCAAAUAAUGAACGGGCCCAUGCACCCGCGGCCCUUGGUGGCGCUGCUGGACGGGCGCGACUGCACGGUGGAGAUGCCCAUCCUCAAGGACCUGGCCACCGUCGCCUUCUGCGACGCGCAGUCCACGCAGGAGAUUCACGAGAAGGUGCUGAACGAGGCGGUGGGGGCCAUGAUGUACCACACCAUCACCCUGACCAGGGAGGACCUGGAGAAGUUCAAAGCGCUGCGCAUCAUCAUCCGCAUCGGCAGCGGAUACGACAACAUCGACAUUAAAGCCGCCGGAGAGCUCGGCAUCGCCGUGUGCAACAUCCCGUCGGCGGCCGUGGAGGAGACGGCCGACUCCACCCUGUGCCACGUCCUCAACCUCUACCGGCGGAACACCUGGCUCUACCAGGCCCUCCGGGAGGGCACGCGGGUCCAGAGCGUGGAGCAGAUCCGCGAGGUGGCGUCCGGCGCCGCGCGCAUCCGGGGAGAGACGCUGGGCCUCAUCGGGUUCGGUCGGUCGGGGCAGGCGGUGGCGGUGCGCGCCAAGGUGUUCGGCUUCAACGUGAUCUUCUACGACCCGUACCUGCAGGACGGCCUGGAGCGCUCGCUGGGCGUGCAGCGCGUCUACACGCUGCAGGACCUCCUGUACCAGAGCGACUGCGUCUCCCUGCACUGCAACCUCAACGAGCACAACCACCACCUCAUCAACGACUUCACCAUCAAGCAGAUGCGUCAGGGGGCGUUCCUGGUGAACACGGCCCGGGGCGGCCUGGUGGACGAGAAGGCGCUGGCCCAGGCCCUGAAGGAGGGCCGGAUACGCGGGGCCGCCUUGGACGUACACGAGACCGAACCCUUCAGUUUUGCUCAAGGGCCCCUGAAAGACGCUCCCAACCUGAUCUGCACACCUCACACGGCCUGGUACAGCGAGCAAGCCUCUCUGGAAAUGCGGGAAGCCGCCGCCACCGAGAUCCGAAGAGCCAUCACGGGCCGUAUUCCUGACAGCUUAAGAAACUGCGUCAACAAGGAGUUCUUCGUCACCACGGCGCCCUGGGCCGUCAUGGACCAACCUGCCGUUCACCCGGAACUCAACGGCGCCGCCUACAGAUACCCGCCAGGCGUGGUCGGCGUGGCGCCGGGCGGCCUUCCCGGGGCGCUAGAGGGCAUGGUGCCCGGCGGGGUGCCCGUCGCCCACACCCUGCCCUCUGGUACCCACCCCUCGCAGGCGCCGUCGCCCAACCAGCCGUCCAAACACAGCGAGCCCAGAGAGCACCUCACCGAGCAAUAGCGGCGACAAGGGACUACCAGACCCCCAACCGCCCCCUCCUAAACCGGGACCAAAAGACAGUGCCCCUAUUCUGACAGAUUCUGGUGGAAUUUGUACUUUUAAUGUCUCGUUUUUAUUUUUGUAUAUUUUUUGGGGGGAGGGGGAGAGGAACGCCAACUGCCGUGGACUUUGUUUUGGGAACAUGCAUAAACAAACAGCCCCCCCCCCCACCCUUUUUUUUAAACUGCUCCUCUAUCUAUCCCUGAUCUGCCGCCCUUUGACCCUUCCCCAUCUUCUGAAACUAACAUGUUGUUUAGCCACCCCGACUUCCUUCUCUUGAAAAAAACUUAAAAAUCAUAUCUACAAAAAAAAAGCUGAAAAUCAAUUAGCGUUUAGCAAGUGCAAGAAUUAAAAAAAAAAAAACACCUUGCACACUUGAUUGUUGGAGUCCGAUGUUAUUCCGGUGGGAAAAGAAAAUUGUGACGACAAACUUAACGACUCAGGAAUACCCACCCCCCCCCAGACCCCAAUUGUAUUAUUUUUUUUAUUAUUUUUUGUUUUUAAGCAGUUUCAGUGGUGAGUUGAAGAAAAACUGAAAACGAGGCACAUCUCCAGUGUGUGACGAGUUGGGCACAAGUCCUGUUAGGUCGCUAUUGAUUAGUUGGAUGUUCCUAUAAGCGUCGUCCUGUGUGCUCCACUUCCUCUUCUACUAUUUCCUUUGUUCAGGCUCAUCCUGUGCUCUUGUCAAAAGCAAUAGCAGAAAACUCCUCAACCGUAGUUUGGCGAUCAUAGCAGAGCGAAGCAGCCACCCCACCCCACCCCCACCCAGCAAAUAUGCUUUUGUUUUUAGCGUGAGUAUUUGUAUUUGUUUAUUGUAUCAGGUGAAAAUUUAGCAUUCAGUGCAGUUCCAAUAAAAUAAUAAUAAUAAUAAACGAUUGAAACAAAACUUGUUUCCAAGUUUUGUGGUUUUAUUUGUGAAGGCCACAAGAGGGCGCCACAGUACCCGAUGAUGUAAAAAAGGUCGUUUUUUUUUUUCUUUUUUCGAUGACCAGAUUUGAAAUAUGUUCAAAUGUAUUAUAUUUCAAUACAAUUUUCAAAUGUUUGCGCAAAUUGUAAUCGAAAUAAAAAUAAAAUGGUUUAAAAUAUUCAAAAAUUAUUCUCCCCCAGUAUUUUCAAAAUUGCAUACUUUUGUCAAGACCUGAAUUUCCAGGUUUCUCGGGUAAGAAAAUCAAAUAAUUUGUAACAUUUGAGUAAAUAGAUGCAUCAUUCUGAAGAUAAAUGUUUCAUGAUGUGGCCAAAUCAUCUCCAGAAGAUGAUGGCUAACUAAUAUAGCUCAUGCAUAGAGAAAAGACGACUUUUGUGCUUUUUCCUGCUUCUGCCAAAAUUCUGAGGUACCGGAAUCAAAUCCGGUUUUCCUGUUGGAGAUGUCAAAACAGUUCACAAAGAGCCUGCAUUUAGUGUAGUGAAGUCUUGUUUGGAAACCCUGUUUUAAAACUCUACUUUGAAACCCUAACCCCGUUUUUAACCCCUACUUUGAAACCCUGUCCCUUUUUAAACCCUCCUUUGAGACCAUAACAGUUUUGAAACCCUACUUUGAAACCCUAACCCCGUUUUUAAACCCUACUUUGAAACCUGAACCCCGUUUUGAAAUCCUACUUUUAAACCCUGCUUUGAAACCCUAAACCCGUUUUGAAACCUGAACCCCAUUUUAAAACCCUAACCCUGUUUUGAAAUCCUAAUCCCGUUAUUAAACCCUACUUUGAAACCCUAACCCCGUUUUUAAACCCUACUUUGAAACCUGAACCCCGUUUUGAAAUCCUACUUUUAAACCCUAAACCCGUUUUGAAACCUGAACCCCGUUUUAAAACCCUAACCCUGUUUUGAAAUCCUAAUCCCGUUAUUAAACCCUACUUUGAUAACCUAACCCCGUUUUAAAACCCUACUUUGAAACCUGAACCCCGUCUUGAAAACCCGGUUUUGAAACCCUAAACCAGUUUUGAAACCCUACUUUGAAACCCUAAAUCUGUUUUAAUCCCUACUUUGAGACCAUAACACUGUUUCGAAACUCUUUGAAACACUAACCCCGUUUUAAACCUCUAAACCUGUUUUGAAACCCUAAUCCUUUUUUAAACCCUACUUUGAGACCAUAACCCUGUUUUGAAACCCUACUUUGAAAACUGAACCCCAUUUUGAAACCCUCAUUUGAAAGCCUAGCCCUGUUUUGAAACCCUACUUUGAAACACUAAACCAGUUUUUAAACCCUAAACCUGUUUUUAACCCAACUUUGAAACCCUAACCCCGUUUUGAAACCCUACUUUGUAACCCGAAACACCUUUUUAAAGCAGGCUGAAACCCUAAACCUGUUUUUAAACCCAACUUGAAACCCUAAAAGCAUUUUUAACUCCUACUUUGAGUUUUACAGAUACUCCAGGCACACAAGGGAGAAAAAACAAGAUGCAACUGAAUCAAAUUUAAUCACUUGAAUGCACUCUGUUGAUAGUGUUUGCUUGUCUUUUCCCGCUGUCGGCACUUUCGAGCUUCCACGUCCAAACGUAAAAAAUGUCAGUCAACUGUUGCCCCGCCCCCGAUGCGCACACCCUUUCUUCCCUCGCCCCCCGCCCCCUCCCCCCUCCCCCCUCCUCACAGGAUGCAGCUGUUAAUCUGUGCAAAACAAAAUCAAGAAUAAAUAACUUCAAGAAUGAUCAAACGGGUUCUCGGCUAAAUGUCUGUCAGGCAAGUUGCAAACAACAAAAAACUAGCGCGGUUUCCUUCUUGAUUAAAUAAGUACUGGUAAGUCCGAUGUGGACAAGUGCCCCUCGCCCCUCCGCAGCACACGCGCUCGUCAAGAUUCCGGGAAGGCGGGGACGAGUCGUCCGCGUGGGAUUUUCCUCAUCUCGUGCGCUUCGCUUCGCUUCGCUCGCUCGCUCGCUCAUUCGUCGUCGUCGUCGUCGUCCUCGCCGUCGGAGAGCGCGGCGCGCGGUCGCAUCUGCCGGUACGUGUCCAGCCACUUCUCCAGCAUCUGCGUGACCAGCGGGUGGUGGCGGCGGCGUGAGCUCUUCUGCACGGCGGCCAGCAUGCCGCCGUCCGUCACGCUGCAGUCCAGCCACGAGCGCAGAAGCUUCUCUUGCUGCUCCUCGUUGCCCGUCUGAGGGAAAGGCCAGCAGACGCUUUCAGGCGCGUAUUUUGGACCAAACUGACAUUUUAGGCUCGUUUUGGUCCUUUUCAGCGUUCCUUCUAUGACCUCAACUUUGAUUCCUACAAAAUCUGAACCGUAGUCAACCAAAGAAUAUUUUUACGAUCGAUUAGUAGAGAUUGACAUGUUUUUCCCCCCCAGGAAGCAGAUACUUAUUUGCUGUGAAAGGGAAAACAUUGCUCUCAAAAUGUUGAAGAAUACAAAUUGAAUUUUGUUGAUGAAAGAACUUUUCAGAUUUGAGGCACGUUAGCGUUCCCCCCCUCCCCCUUUUAGGCAACAGACAUCGUUGUUUUAAAAUUCCAACAAAAAAUGCAGGGAGCUCCCAGGCUCAGCAGCAUGUAUUAUGAAGGUCAAAGAAAAUGGAAGAAAAAGGCUUGCAAAUUAACUAACUCGACAGUAAAGAAAGCUUUCCAAACUUUCAAUAUCACUGAAAUGUUCAUCUUUCACUUAUCCUUGUUUGAAGUAAAAACAAAAAGUGCAAGAACUUCCAGGGUCAGCAGCUAAUCAAGUGAACUGAAAAUGUAAAUAAAUAGCUCCCUGAAAGAUUUAAAUUCAUUCAGAUUUCAAUUUAAAAAAGAGAGAAAUAAAAAAAGGACAACGCCAAUAUGCGUCAAAAUGCUGACUAUCGGCGGCGAUAAUCGGUCUAAAUCCUACCGAUUAUGCCAUUGAUGAACUUGGUCGAGUGCGUGAGCGUUUAUUGUUUUUGUCCACUUGAGGUCGGCAUUUUGACAUUCUGUUGUAGUAUCUGUGACUUUGAGUGUGUAUCUUUUUUGGAUUAAAAACACGCAAACAAAAAUGGCAGUAGUUUUUGGGAGUUGGAACGGAUUCCUGGAAUUUCAAUUCACUUCAAAGUCAGCGAACAGAGUUGUGUAAUUCAAUACUUUUAGUCUUCCUUUCAAUUAGCCACCCUCAAAAGCCAGAAAGACCCAGUGGCCUACCUCUUGCGCAGACAGGAAGUGGAUGUGCAG